AUGGCGAAAAUUAUACUUUUAUUCAUCUUUCUUGUAUUAUGUGAUUGGAAAGGUGAAAGUUUCGCUUCCAAACAGAGAAGACAAAUAUUAUAUCCACCACCGAUUGUCUAUCCAUUCGGAGGAACAAUCAAGCUCAUCGUGGGAUACGCAGUGCCUGUACAAAUUUCGGGCAGAACUUUGGUUUAUGGACAGAACUUUCAGUUCCAAUACACCAUGCCGCCGAACGCGACAUUCUUUACAAAGUUCUUCGAAAAUUCGUCACGACGACGUCGCGAAAAUGUUAACUGGGACGAAAGGAUGACUAUCUACAGACUCUUAGAGGAAGGAUUUGACAGAAGAGGAAUAGAUGGAAGAGAAUGCAUGAAAAAAAGCAUAUGCGAAGCGGCAAUAGCGCCUUUAGAGGACGAAGGAUUAGUAGGAGAAUUGUUGCAUCUUUUGUUCACGCCACAAGGAAAUAAUUCAUCCUUAAAUUCCGAAUACUUAGAGGCGCUAGAAUUUGGACGAAAAAAUUAUGAUUGUUCUCUAAUCUACAAAUCAUGUCUGUAUGGUCAAGGAAUUCUGGAUCAAAUCUCAAAAGUGAUAUCAUAG